AUGCCUUCAGUCACCUCCGACCCCAACGCCGGCAAGCGUGUCUUCAGCGGCGCCAGCCUGAACAGCAACGGCAAGCUUAAUAAUACCGCCGGCCAGAAGAUCAAGAACUUUUUCCGCAUCAACAACAAGCAUUCCGGCGAGCACGCUUCACAGGCAAACUCAGAGAAGGGCUCACUGCAUGGUGACGCCCAGCAUGACGGCACUCGCACGCCGCAGUCUACCCACAAGGAAAAGGACACCAAAAGUACAUUCCGCAACAGCCGGUUCAUACCACACAUUGGACGAAGCAGGAGUACUACCGUUGCUUCUGAGGGCAAUCCAUUGGACGAUGGCAUGAGCCCGACCGCACACGUCAACCCAUACUUCCAACAUCAAGGUCCUCCGGCAUUGCGGCAUCAUGACGACAGCAGCAUACCCCCGUCUCCACCCGACAGCCCACACAUGUCCAAGAAGAUUGCGCCUGAGGGUACUGGUCAGGAUGCUACCAAUGGCAAGGAGGAGCUUGCUAGGAAGCUGAGAAGAGUUGCAAGUGCGCCCAAUGCUCAGGGCUUGUUUAAAGGCAAGAGUGGUAGUGGAGACAGCAGGCCUACGACGGCAGAGCAGGAUGUCACACCGCCGCCCAAGAUCAACGGCAUCGGCCAGCACAACAAUGCGAGUGCAUUGAGCAUGGUGGAAACUGUGCCUCAGAAUGGUGAUCUUCUGCCAGUGCCAGGAAUCAAUGGAGCUGUGACUCCCGGCAAGCUACGAAACAGCAUUGCUUUUAGGCGAACCUACAGCAGUAACAGCAUCAAAGUACGAAACGUGGAAGUCGGCCCAAGCAGCUUUGACAAGAUCAAGCUCAUUGGGAAGGGUGACGUUGGUAAGGUGUAUUUGGUGAGGGAGAAGAAGAGCGCGAGACUAUACGCCAUGAAAGUGCUAUCGAAGAAAGAGAUGAUCAAGCGAAACAAGAUCAAGCGUGCACUUGCUGAGCAGGAAAUCCUCGCCACAAGCAACCACCCAUUCAUCGUCACGCUAUACCACUCGUUUCAAUCGGAAGAUCAUCUAUAUCUGUGCAUGGAAUACUGCAGUGGGGGAGAGUUCUUCCGCGCGUUGCAGACGAGGCCGAACAAAUGCGUGGAUGAAGAUGCGGCGAGAUUCUAUGCUGCGGAGGUGACGGCAGCGCUGGAGUAUCUGCAUUUGAUGGGCUUUAUCUACCGAGAUUUGAAGCCAGAGAACAUCCUCCUGCAUCAAUCUGGCCACAUCAUGUUGUCAGACUUUGACUUGUCCAAGCAGUCGGAUCCAGGAGGUGUCCCUGGCAUGAUCCUCGCCGGCGGCCGUAAUGCAAGUGGAGGCAUCACGAGCAAUCCAUCACCCAACAACAUGCCGACCAUUGAUACAAAGAGCUGCAUUGCCAACUUCCGGACAAACUCCUUCGUGGGAACAGAGGAGUACAUCGCACCCGAAGUGAUUAAGGGUUGUGGCCACACGAGCGCUGUUGAUUGGUGGACGCUCGGCAUCUUGAUUUACGAGAUGCUGUUUGGAACGACUCCUUUCAAGGGAAAGAAUAGGAACGCGACAUUCGCCAACAUCUUGCGCGAUGAGGUUCCGUUCCCAGAGGGAUCAGGUGGACCGAACAUUUCAAAUCUCUGCAAAUCACUCAUUCGGAAACUCCUGAUCAAGGAUGAGCUGCGCCGACUUGGCUCUCGCGCCGGCGCUUCAGACGUCAAGGCGCACCCAUUCUUCCGACAAACAUCAUGGGCGCUGCUCCGACAUAGCAAGCCCCCGAUCAUUCCAAAUCAGGGCCGAGGCAUCGAUACGGUGAACUUCCGCAACGUGAAGGAAAGCCACAGCGUCGAUAUGGGUAAUCCAGGACCGGGAGGAGUCAACAAGGGCUUUGGAGUAUCAGCGAGCAAGAUGAAGGGAGUGCCUCUUGAUUCAGGACUGGAAACUCCAGGGGGCGAGAUCGCGGAUCCGUUUGAGGAGUUCAACAGCGUCACCUUGCACCACGAGGGCGACGAACAUGCGAAUACUGCGGGCGAAAAGACGAACGGACACCGGUAG